UCACUAAGAGUAAACAGAGCGCUCACUCCACUGCGGUUUCCGUUUACUCAAACAGCAGCCCCGUCCGGUUCCCCGAAGUGGCCUCAGAGUGAGCGCUCCCUGCUCUGCUGAAAUCCUUCCACUACGUCAGGUCGUCCCGUCCGCUCGGAAGAUGUCUGCGACGGGUUCAGGCGCCUGCGGACCCGGACCCAGCUCGGGCGCCGGGUCCGGAGUUUCCAACCCCCGAAAGUUCAGCGAGAAGAUCGCGCUGCACACGCAGCGGCAGGCCGAGGAGACGGCCGCCUUCCAGGAGGUCAUGAUGGACAUCACGUCGACCAGGCUCCAGGCUCAGAAGCUCCGCCUCGCUAGGAGUCAGGGUCCAUACUAUGGCGGCUCACUGCCUAACGUCAACCAGAUCGGCAGGAAUUCUCAGGACUUCCAGGUAAGGCUGGAAAUUGCUUGA